CUGGAAGCCGUCACUGUUCCAGCCUCGUAACACAAGAGCCUUGUCCAUGAGCUUUGGAGAUGGAGAGCGAAGGGAUUGAGAAUAGGGAUGGAAUGGAGGCUGUGGAUCAGAAUGUCAAGAGGCCAGGUAUAGUAACAAAGAAAAUGCUAGUCAUGUCAAGUAUGAUAUGUGGAGGCAUCGCUUUUCUUCUUUGGGCAAUGUUAGGAUUUCCUAGAAAAUUUAAAAAUCCAAGGAUAUUUAAAGACAAUACAUGCCCUGAGGAUGAAAUUAUAUGUCCACAAGGCUGGAACCAAAUCAAUAAUAAUUGCUUCUUUCAAUCUGAACAUGAAAAAUCUUGGAUAGAUGGCCAAGCAAACUGCAUAGCCUAUCGUGGAUCUCUGGCCAUAUUCAACUCCGAGAAUGAAGUGGAUCAAGCAUUUAGGAGUACUCAGGAUUCCUGCCCAGAUGAUUGGAUUAGUUUCCAAAACAAAUGCUAUUAUUUCUCUAAAGAAGAAGGGGAUUGGAAUUCAAGUAGACACAACUGUGUCACUCAACGUGCUGACCUAACUAUGAUUGACACUGAGGAAGAAAUGGCAUUUCUUAAGCGACACAAAUGCACUUCUGAUCAUUGGAUUGGGCUGGAGAUGACAGAAAAUCAAGCAGGACGAUGGGUAAAUGGAACCAUAUUUAACAAAUGGUUUUCUGUGAGAGGAAAUGAAAAAUGUGCUUACCUCGAUGAUGAUGGUGCAGCAACCGCUAGAUGCUACACAGAAAGAAAAUGGAUUUGCAGGAGGAAAAUGCACUAA